AUGUCGUCUGAAUCUGGAAUUUCACAAACGUAUCCGCACAAACUAAGUAAUGAGGAAAUUCAGGAGCUCAAGACGAAACUUUCAAAGUUUCAUGAAGAUCCUAAUCAUAAACGAUCAAGAAAUACGCCAUUGGCCAAACUUUUUGGUAAUAUAACAGAUACUUUGGGUGAUUACAAAAGUGCAAAUAACAGAAUUGCUUAUAUUUAUAAAAGAUUGCCUCAGGAGAACGAUGCCGGCGAUCUGUCAUUAUUUGAGAAAAGAUCUCGUGUCAUUAAGUACUUAUUGGACAAUAUAUUGGCUAUUCAUCGGUUAUCACACGAGAAUCCAAAUUCACAGUACAUAUCUAUCCCUCUAUAUGAUAUGCAGGUUGUGGAACAGAUGAUAAAUAUAAUUGUUGUUGAUGGUGUUUACUCUUGCUUACCUGACGGGGUAGGAAUACCUUUAGAUAAAAGGAGAUUAAAGAAUUUCAAGACUUCAAUGACAAUAGAUAAAACAGACUUUAAAGAUGGCACUCGAAUUUUGGAUAAUAUAGUUUCCACGAUGAUUAUUGUGUUUACUGGGAAAAGUGACCUGCGCAAUCUUAUACAGGUUGGUUCUGGAUUCACAGAUGUGCUAACAUCUGCAAUAGUAUUAUACACUAAUUUGGAAAAUUCCGAGGUUGAGAGGAAGAAAUACAAUGAGAAAAUCAAGACUCUUGAAGAUGCAUCAUCUACUUAUCAAUUAUUUUCAUUGUACACACUUCUUAUGGCAAACAGCAAGUCUCGAACGCGAUAUGCAUUUCUUAUGAAACAAUUUGUCCUUUCUAGGCUAUCUGAAUUAAUAGUCAGACGUACGAAAAAUGGUGGAAACGGGUUAGAGGCGAUGAUUGAUGUGAUAAUGGGUCUCAGAACAAGUGAUAAGGUAGAUAUGACUCGUGUUCAACAGGUUGUUAGGGCAAUCAUUGUUUCAAAGCCCAAAACUAUGGACUAUGCAGAUUAUUUCCAUAAUAUAUGUGAUCAACUUUUUGAUAUAUUGGUCCAUGUCAAUCGACCGAUCAUGAGUACUAUUGCAGCAACGGUGGCCGAGUCAAUAUUCUCUAAGAAUCAAAAAAUCAUUGUUGAUUUCCUUUUUAAACGAAUAUGGAACGAUUUUGAUCCUAGGCUAGAUCAUACAGAUGAUCGAAUAGUUCUAACUGGUGGAACUGAACUUAAUAAUGCUUUUAAUGUCACAGUAUCGCUUUCCAGAAAGAGUGCUUCAUACACAUUUUUGGUUGCAUUCUUCACUCCUCUAAUAUUACCUUUAUGGGGCUAUUUAAAGAAUCAAAAGUUACAGAAAAAAGAUUAUACAAUUGUUGAGGACACCAUCGCAUCAGUCCUUUCUUUAGAGGGAGGGCCAAACUUUCCACUAUUGAAAAUAAUUCUUGAGAAUUUAAUUUGGCAGCAUGGAAACAAAUGGAUAUACGGAGAAUCUGAAAACAAGCUCACUGAGAUAAAGGAGCUUUUAGAAUUUGAUCAGACGAAAUCUGACAAGAAUUCAAUGAAAAUUCUUGAUAUGAUGGAUUCCUCCUUGCAGAUGUUUAAUGAACUUUUGAGUAUUCUUGGUGAUCAUGAUUCUAAAAAGACAGAUUUUGUGGUGGCAUUUGCAUUCAAAAAAUGGCUUAAAUUAGAUGACCACUAUAGGCAUAUACUGGUCGAUGAUGCUAACCCAUUCGAGGAACUUAUGAAUUUAAAGCUUGUGCAAAUGCUGGUUGAUAAGUAUAGGGAUAAUAUUGCAAUGUCUCCAGAUGGAUUGAUCCGGAUUGUAACUGCAGUACUAGAAACUCCGGAGACAACUGGGUUAGAUGCCUCAAAAGAGAAAUUGUCGAAAUUAGUUGAUGGAGGCGAUUCCGAUGAUGAAGAUGCUGAAGAAGAAGCUCAUCAACAUGAAGAAACGGUUGGAAUAGCGUUAGAUAUUUUGGAGAAUGUCAUCCACAUUAUAUCUAAUUCGGGUGAAAUUAGCGAGGGUACGAUCAUUCAUUUGAAGCACUUACAAGCACUGGUAACAACUAAAUAUCCAGAAAAAUCCAGUCUUGGAAAAGAACUAAAAAGCAUGACGAGUCCGGAUAAAAGCAACAUGAUCAGAAAAAGUAACAUGAAGAAAGAAAAUGAACGUUUACUUGAGAAGGCAAUGAAAAGCUUAAAUGAUCCAAUUUCAUCAGUUCGUGUGUACGGACUGAAACUAAUAAGAGAUGUGGCAAAGUCAUCUAGUGAAAUCAUAUCAAUGAAGUUUGCGGUAAACAUUCAUAUUAAUCAGUUGAAAGACAAAGAGCCAUUCGUUUACUUGAAUGCUAUCAAAGGUAUGGAAGCUUUACUUGAAAUGGAUGCUUCACAAAUUCUUCCACUAUAUAUUGACUUCUACACAGGAAAACGUAUGAAAAACCUGACACUGGACAGUCAGCUAAGAAUUGGUGAAGUACUUCUUCGCUUCAUACAGAAAUCGGCUAACAUAAUAACGGACAACGACCUUGAUAUUAUUUUUAAUUCACUCAUAACCUUAGUUGGCAGAAAAGAUAAAAAUGAGAUAGAUACGGAUAUCAGGUUGCGGAUGUCUGCCAUGUCCAUCAUUGGGUCAUUAUGCCAUGAAAUUGACGUUUCAUCAAAGGUCGAACCAUAUAUUUCUGAUAUAGUUGAUUUGAUAAAUGGUAUUUUGACUUUUGAACGGAAGAAAGAUCAGGCAGUUAUGAGAAGAGCCGCAAUUGUGUGUAUCAAUGACAUUAUUGGAGCAAAAGAUGGUUUACAGCUAGUGGGACCAUAUGGUGAGAAGAUUGAGACAAACUUGAAAUAUGUUGUCGAAGAAGAUAAUGAUAUUUUGGUUAGGGAGCAGGCCAGGGAGGUGCUCAAUUCUAUAGAUGAAACCUUUGAGGAAACGUUUAAUAAAAGCCUCAAUUUACAUGCUCGAAGAAGGAACGAUGUUUAA